AUGGCCCCAGUUGUCCGCAGACUGCGUGUUGCUGUCUCAGGCCUCGGUCGAAUGGGUGCCCGCCAUGCAUUGCACUUCCUUCACCGUACUCCGAGAGCUGAGCUCACGGCUGCCUUUACGCCAGAUGAGAAUGAGGUUGCGUGGGCAAAGAAGAAUCUCGAGCCAUGGGGGUGUCAAGAUCUAUACCGACUACGACGAGAUACUAUCAAGGCCAUUGAAGCUGGGAAGCAUGUACUGUGUGAGAAGCCACUGAGCACCAAGUUGGACGUAUGUCAACAAGUCCUCGACACAGCAAAACGCAACCCUCACGUCAAGGUCAUGUGUGGUUUCUCUCGUCGCUUCGAUUCAUCCUACCUCCAAGCGUACAAUAUCACAAAAAGAGGAGACAUCGGCCGUCCCACAAUCCUUCGCUCUCAGACAUGCGACAAGUACGACCCCUCAGGCUUCUUCGUAGCCUACGCCGAGUUCUCAGGCGGCAUCUUCGUUGACUGCAACGUCCACGACAUUGACCUCGCUCUAUGGUACUUCUCGGCCUCGUCCUCCGGCAGAGACCUGCCCAAAGUCAAAUCCGUCACUGCAGUUGGCGUUACAGCCGUCGAACCCGAUCUAGCCAAACACGGCGACGUAGACAACGGCAUUGGUCUUGUGGAAUUCCACGGCGGACAGAUUGCGUACUUUUACAGUUCCCGCAUGAAUGCUCCGGGUCAGCACGAUAUGACUGAGAUUAUUGGUACGAAGGGCAAGCUUGUUGUCAACUCGAACCCUUCAACGGGACUGUUGGAAAAUCAUGCCAGUGAGGGCAUUCACAGGGAGAUUCCGCAGAACUACUAUGAGCGAUUUGAAUUCGCGUUUGUUGAGGAGGCGAGGCAGUUCAGUGAGGCGGUGCUGGAGGACAAGGAGGUGCCGGUAGACUUGGAGAGUUCGAUGGAGGCGGUCAAGAUUGGAGUUGCUCUGCAGGAGAGUUUGAGGACGGGGAAGAAGAUCUUGUUUGAUCAGCAAGGAAAUAGGAUGGAUGAGGUGAGAGCGAAGUUGUAG